GACAGCCGACUGAAGCAGCUCCAUUCAGUCCAAACCUUCCUGCAAGGGAGAGUCAGAAUGUAACUGGAACCAGACUGCUGUAACGGAGCAGGCCGGUCAUGGGGGCUGUCCAGAGGAUCUUUACCUUCACAGGCUGUAUGUGCAGCAAUGCUACAUGUCCAGUUUGCAGCUGCUGUCCAAGCAGCAGGAACUCCACAGUGACCAGAAUCAUCUACGCUUCCAUCCUGUUGCUGGGUACCAUUGUUGCCUGCAUAAUGCUCUCACCAGGGAUGGAGCAGCAACUCAGAAGGGUGCCAGGUUUCUGUGAUGACACGGAAGGCUUCUUUAUUCCAGCCCACCAGGCAUACUUGAAGUGUGAGAUGUUGGUGGGCUACAAAGCAGUGUACCGCUUCUGCUUCGGCAUGAGCAUGUGGUUCCUGAGCUUCUCCAUUUUUACACUUAACAUCAAGACCAGCAGAGACCCUCGCGCUUCCAUACACAAUGGAUACUGGUUCUAUAAGUUUGUUGCCUUGGUGGCAAGUACAGUUGGUGCCUUUUAUAUUCCAGAUGGGCCUUUCACCUACACGUGGUUUGUCAUAGGCUCUGGAGGAGCUUUCUUUUUCAUUCUCAUCCAACUGGUGCUGCUGGUGGACUUUGCUCACUCAUGGAAUGAGUCUUGGGUGCAAAAUAUGGAGAAAGGCAAUUCCAGAGGCUGGUACACAGUUUUGCUGGCGGUCAUGACCCUUAACUACGUCACUGCGUUUACUGCGGUUGUAUUGUGCUUCAUCUUCUACGCCAGACCUGAUGCUUGCUUCAUCAACAAGUUCUUCAUCAGCUUCAACGUGAUGUUGUGCAUCGUGGCCUCUGUUGUUUCUGUGCUACGUAAAGUACAGGAAUUUCAGCCACAUUCAGGACUGCUACAGUCGUCUUUCAUCACCCUGUACACAGUGUUCUUGACCUGGUCCGCUAUGACGAAUGAGCCUGAUCGAGAAUGCAACCCCAAUCUGCUCAGCAUCUUCCAGCAGAUCACUGCUCCCACAAUUUGGCCCCCGGAAACAGAAAACCAGACGGCCGUGGUGAUCAUCGGAGCCGAGGAACCUGUUCAGACGUCCCCCUACUUACAGUGGUGGGAUGCCCAGAGCAUCGUGGGGCUGAUUAUAUUCGUUCUGUGCAUUCUUUAUUCGAGCAUACGUUCCUCAAACACGAGUCAGGUGAACAAGUUGACCAUGGCCUCCAAGCAGUCGGCUGUCCUCAUUCAGGGGUCCAGCAGCAGUGGCAUGUUGGAGGACUCCCGGGGGCCCAGGCGGGUGGAGGACAACGAGCAAGACAUGGUCCAGUACAGCUACUCCUUCUUCCACUUCAUGCUCUUCUUGGCUUCCCUCUACAUCAUGAUGACACUCACCAACUGGUACAGCCCAGACGCAGACUACACCAUAACAAGCAAGUGGCCAACAGUGUGGGUAAAGGUCUCCUCAAGCUGGUUGUGUUUGGCUCUUUACAUUUGGACCCUUGUGGCCCCUAUGAUUUUCCCAAACCGAGACUUCAGCUGAUGCUGUGACGAGGGACAGAAUCAUUUCUUGUGGAGAUGGACCUGGAACGGCUCAUCUGUUUUUAUUUGUAGAGAAUUGGUGAUCAGGUUAAGUGUGCCAAAACAUAAUGUAUAGAAAGACAAGCAAUC